AUGAGGAUCCACACCGGAGAGAAGCCAUUCUCAUGUGAUCAGUGUGGGAAGAGUUUCAGUCAAUCAUCAUCCCUUAAUGUUCACAUGAGGAUCCACACCGGAGAAAAGCUGUUCACAUGUGAUCAGUGCGGCAAAACAUUUCUUAGGUCAUCACACCUGAAGACACACCUGAGAGUUCAUACGAAGGAGAAGCCACAUUCAUGUUCUGUGUGUGGAAAGAGUUUUUCACAGCGGCAACAUUUACAUGCACAUGAGAGAACUCACACUGGUGUGAGAGAGUACAUGUGCUUUGAGUAUCUGAAAAAACAUGAGAGGAUCCACACUAGAGAAAAACCUUACAAGUGUUCACACUGUGACAAGAGAUUCAGUCAGUCAUCAUCUCUGAGAACACAUGAGAGGAUCCACACUGGAGAGAAGCCGCACACGUGUGAUCAGUGCGGGACGAGUUUCUCUUUAAAAACUCACCUGAAGCUACACAUGAAGAUCCAUACACAGGGUUUCCGCGGGGCAUUAAAAAGCAUUAAAAGUCCUUAA